AUGCAAACCCCUUCAGAAACUACCGACGUCAAGUUGGAUACACUCAACGAACCUAGUGCACAUUUGAUCGAGGAAAAUGUGGCUCUUCCAGAGGACACAUUCCGUUCGUAUUGGAGUUAUUUGCUCUACGAGAUGGCUCAUUAUAAACCGAUCAUCUUUAUGACCCUAAUAACUGCGAGUUUGAUUUUAUCGAUUGUGCUUUUUCAUGAUAUUCCAGGUAUCCUUACGUUUUCCGUGAUAUCGCUUGUCCUUUCUAUUAUCAUUUUAUUGAUCAGUAUAGGUACAUUCGCAGCCGGGACCUGGGAUAAGGAUUCCAAGGUUAAGCUUUUAUUAGAAGUCAUUGCACGUAAACCAGCAGUAGAAGGGAAGGAAUGGAGGAUAAUCGCGCGUAAUAUGAAUCAAUAUCUAUUUGAUCAUGGACAAUGGUUCACUCCGUAUUACUUUCUUUGUGAACAUAGAUGCCAUGAAUUUUUCAAAAGCCUUAUCGAACAGGAAAGGUCGAACACACAUACAAGCCCGCCAACGAACGGUGCAGAGAAUACGCCAGCAAAUAAGGUUUCGAAUGACGUUGAAAAAUCUUAUAUGUUCAGUUCUGACCCAGUUUUAGAAGCUUAUUUUGUUAAAGCUGCGGAAAUUGACAAAGAAGCUCAAUUUGAGUAUUGGAGAAAGCAAUACCCAGAGCUCGAUUUGCCUUAG